UAACUUGCAUUUCUACAACUUCUGCAUAUCAGUAUAGUGUUCUUUGUAAAGCCGCUAGAGAGCGCUACCGUCAUCGAAUCUUUGUUUCAUUCGUCAAAUGUUGGUUAUCGGCUGCACACAACAUUUUCACAACGGUUUUCCUUGAGGGUUACCGUCGAGUUGAGCACUAUGGUUAUGGCUCUGUUCUACACAUGUGUAAGGAGAUAGACUACAUAUUUUCUGUUGUCAAACACUUCAAAGGAGAUUUCAAACUGUUUUCUGCUGAUUCCAAUAUACCAGAAACUCUGACAGUUACCAUUCCAAGAUUCAGACAUGAUGUGGUUCAAGGCCACACAAUUAUUCCGCGCCUUCAGUUAGAUACAACAAAAGAUAAGAUAACUGUUAAGGUGUGCCAUGUUUAUGAUCUGACUAAGUUUUGGUUCCAUACUUCUGACAUUGAAAAGAAGUUGAGUGACCUUACUAAGCAGAUGAAUGAAUUUUAUUCAUCUAGUACAAAGUAUUAUCAAAUUGCCACAUAUAACAUGAGGAAGGGCUUAUAUUGUGCAGUACUGUAUGGCAAGCAGUUUCACAGGUGCAUUAUUGUAGAUAUGUUGCCUGAAUUAACUGAUAGUGUUAAAGUUUUCUUCAUUGAUAAUGGAAAAACUGAUUACGUAAAUGUGAAAAAUAUACAUUUUCUGCAUGAGUUGUUCCAAGAACCAAAUGCUAUGGCUUUAAGAGGUAAUUUAACACAGGUAAAACCAGUGGGACUAAAUAUGCCAUGGCCACCAGAAGCUGUGAAAGUAUUUGAGUAUUUGGUGAUGCAGAAAAGCUUACAGGCAAUUGUAACAGAAACCAAGGAAGUGGAAAGUGGCGAAUAUGAAUAUUCUUUAGAUCUUAGUGAUCGAUCAACAGAAAAAUGCGUUUGCAUUCAUGAAGAACUGAUUAAUGCUGGACUUGCUAUUGACAUCAAUCAGAAACAAGACGAGGCAAAAGUAACGAAUACUUUGCUCACAAUGAUAAGAUGAUGCAUUUAGUGCCUUCAUUUGAAGAAUUAGAGUCUGGGUGCGUUCCUAACAGAGAAGACUUGAAUAUUUUAUAUCAGAUGAAAUAUCCUCUGCACCAAAUUAUGCAGAAAUUCAUUCUUCACUAAUGAUUUUAUGUUUUUUGGAUAAUUUUUAUGUUUGUUUGAGAAUUUUUAUGUUUUUUGGAAAAUUUUUGUUUUAUUUUGAACUGUUUUGAAUUUGAAACUUUCUUGCAGAAGUUUUGAUCCGUUACUGUAAUAAAUAAAAUUUAAAUGC